AUGUACAGGACACCUCCCAUGUACAGGACACCUCCCAUGUACAGGACACCACCAUGUACAGGACACCUCCAUGUACAGAACACCACCAUGUACAGGACACCUCCAUGUACUGGACACCUCCAUGUACAGGACACCACCAUGUACAGGACACCACCAUGUACAGGACACCUCCAUGUACAGGACACCUCCAUGUACAGGACAAUCCCCUGUACAGGACACCUCCAUGUACUGGACACCUCCAUGUACAGGACACCUCCAUGUACAGGACUCCACCAUGUACAGGACACUCCCCUGUACAGGACACUCCCCUGUACAGGACACCUCCAUGUACAGGACACCUCCAUGUACAGGACACCUCCACCUAAAGGACACCACCUUGUACAGGACACCUCCAUGUACUGGACACCUCCAUGUACAGGACACCUCCAUGUACAGGACACUCCCCUGUACAGGACACCACCAUGUACAGGACACCUCCAUGUACUGGACACCUCCAUGUACAGGACACCUCCAUGUACAGGACACUCCCCUGUACAGGACACCUCCAUGUACAGGACACCUCCAUGUACAGGACAAUCCCCUGUACUGGACACCUCCAUGUACAGGACACCUCCAUGUACUGGACACCUCCAUGUACAGGACACCUCCAUGUACAGGACACCACCAUGUACAGGACACCACCAUGUACAGGACACUCCCCUGUACAGGACACCACCAUGUACAGGACACUCCCCUGUACAGGACACCUCCAUGUACAGGACACCUCCAUGUACAGGACACCUCCAUGUACAGGACACCACCUUGUACAGGACACCUCCAUGUACUGGACACCUCCAUGUACAGGACACCUCCAUGUACAGGACACUCCCCUGUACAGGACACCUCCAUGUACAGGACACCACCAUGUACAGGACACCUCCAUGUACAGGACACCACCAUGUACAGGACACCACCAUGUACAGGACACAACCAUGUACAGGACACCUCCAUGUACAGGACAAUCCCCUGUACAGGACACCUCCAUGUACAGGACACCUCCAUGUACAGGACACCACCAUGUACAGGACACCACCAUGUACAGGACACUCCCCUGUACAGGACACCACCAUGUACAGGAGACUCCCCUGUACAGGACACAACCAUGUACAGGACACCUCCAUGUACUGGACACCUCCAUGUACAGGACACCUCCAUGUACAGGACACUCCCCUGGACAGGACACCUCCAUGUACAGGACACCACCAUGUACAUGACACCACCAUGUACAGGACACCUCCAUGUACAGGACAAUCCCCUGUACAGGACACCUCCAUGUACAGGACACCACCAUGUACAUGA